GUAGAGGGGCAAGCCGGUGGCCAGGGCGAGGGCUAGCUGGCAACACGAUGCAGUCCUUGCUGCUGCUCACUUUCUCGGCGUGCGUACUGCUGGCCCGGGAGCUGCUGGCAGGCGGCGCAAGUAGUGGCGGCGGGGACACAGGGCCAGGCAGCCGGCGCCGGGAGAGAGAGGCGCUGGCGGCUCAAAAGAUCGAGGUGCUUGUGCUAUUGCCCCAGGACGAUUCGUACUUGUUUUCGCUGGCCCGGGUAAAGCCGGCCAUUGAGUACGCACUGCGUACCGUGGAGGGCAACGGCACCGAGAGGAAGCUGCUGCCGCCUGGCACCCGCUUCCAGGUGGCCUACGAAGACUCGGACUGCGGCAACCGUGCGCUCUUCAGUUUGGUGGACCGCGUGGCGGCGGCGCGCGGCGCCAAACCGGACCUCAUCCUGGGGCCCGUGUGCGAGUACGCGGCGGCGCCGGUGGCCCGGCUGGCGUCGCACUGGGAUCUGCCGAUGCUGUCUGCAGGAGCGCUGGCCGCUGGCUUCCAGCACAAAGAUACGGAGUACUCGCACCUCACGCGCGUGGCGCCUGCCUACGCCAAGAUGGGCGAGAUGAUGCUCGCCCUGUUUCGCCACCACCACUGGAGCCGAGCCGCAUUAGUCUACAGCGACGACAAACUUGAGAGGAACUGCUAUUUUACCCUGGAGGGGGUCCACGAAGUUUUCCAGGAGGAGGGUUUGCAUACGUCUGCCUACAAUUUCGACGAGACCAAAGACUUGGACCUGGACGACAUAGUGCGCUAUAUCCAGAGCAGUGAGCGAGUGGUGAUCAUGUGUGCCAGUGGUGACACCAUUCGGAGCAUCAUGUUGGCGGUGCACAGACAUGGCAUGACCAGUGGAGACUAUGCCUUCUUCAACAUUGAACUCUUCAAUAGUUCUUCCUAUGGAGAUGGCUCGUGGAAGAGAGGAGACAAGCAGGACUUUGAGGCGAGGCAGGCAUACUCAUCCUUGCAAACAGUCACCCUACUGAGGACCGUGAAACCUGAGUUUGAGAAGUUUUCCAUGGAGGUGAAAAGUUCUGUUGAGAAGCAAGGCCUCAACGAGGAGGAUUACGUGAACAUGUUUGUUGAAGGGUUCCAUGACGCCAUCCUCCUCUACGUUCUGGCUUUACGUGAAGUCCUCAGAGCUGGCUACAGCAAGAAGGACGGGGGCAGAAUCAUCCAGCAGACUUGGAACAGAACGUUUGAAGGUAUUGCUGGACAGGUGUCCAUAGACGCCAACGGGGAUCGCUACGGGGACUUCUCUGUGGUUGCCAUGACCGACACUGAAGCCGGAGCCCAAGAGGUUAUUGCUGAUUACUUUGGAAAAGAAGGCCGGUUCAAAAUGCGACCCAAUGUCAAAUAUCCAUGGGGCCCUUUGAAACUGAGGAUAGAUGAAACCAGAAUUGUGGAACAUGCCAACAGCUCUCCCUGCAAAUCAUCAGGUGGCCUAGAAGAAUCAGCAGUGACAGGAAUCGUUGUGGGGGCCCUACUAGGGGCUGGUUUGCUAAUGGCCUUCUACUUUUUCAGGAAGAAAUACAGAAUAACCAUUGAGAGGCGAAACCAGCAGGAAGAAAGCAACACCGGGAAGCAUCGAGAGUUACGGGAAGAUUCUAUCAGAUCUCAUUUCUCGGUGGCUUAAAAAGAAAUGCACCCCUUUUUGUCUGCUUGAGAUUCUUUAAAGAGACAGAUAGCAAGAAAGACAUCAAUGGAACAGAAAGGGCGUUCUCGGAGAAUUCAUUCUUUUAAGCAGUAGUCAUUUCACUUUAAAUUUCCAUUAGAAGCUCAGGAAUGAUUAUUAAUCACUAUCUGCCCCCUGGCCUUUCAUCUCAUGGCAAACAAAUAUAGCGAUAUAAUGUCAUUCUUCAUAAGUGUUCUGACUUCUGGAAGGGCAUAGGAGAAGGAUUUAUGUUUUCAAAGUCUGGUAUCUCCAUAUCUUGAU